UGGCGAGCGGUUGUGUUUGUUUGCAGUGCGUUCUCUGAAAGUCGAAAUAAAACUCGAGUGCUGCAUGUUCUCCAAACUGUUGCUGACCCAAAACAAAUCUCAAAUCAUACUCAAUAAACCAAAGACCUAACUAAUAAAACGCUUCAAAAUCUAACAAAUCACUAGAGCAACUACUAUUCAAAUGUAACUAUCAACAAGUUGCAAGAAUAACAACAACAGCAACAAGAUUACGAUCAACAAGCUCGAAAUCAAAGCACGCUAAUCUCAAGCGACUCGCUCGCUGUUUUUCAAGCGCUCAUCAGCAGAAAACGCGCGCGUUUUUCACCGCGUGCUGGCAACUUAACUUAGCAAGCGAGUUCCAAAUGCGUGUUUACCUUGCAAAACGUCUAAUGAAAUAAACAUGUGAAAAAUAUUUAAAAAAUCAAAUACAAAUCAAAUCAACAUUAUUACGAAAAAGUGACUUACAAUGCCCAGAAUAUAUCAUCAAAGACUUCGACCGGCCUGGGCGAAUGCAACAAAUGUGGCUUUAGUGCUACUCAUUUUAAUGUGCCACAAAUGCAGUUUGCAAAGGGUUGAUGUGCCAGCCGAAGUGAUUGUUGAUCCCAAAUUUAGUUUUCCAAUUGCAAAUGUGACAGCGCCGGUGGGACGUGACGCUUUCCUCACUUGUGUCGUUCAGGAUUUGGGGCCAUAUAAGGUUGCGUGGCUGCGAGUCGAUACUCAGACGAUAUUGACGAUACAGAAUCAUGUAAUAACCAAAAACCAACGGAUUGGUAUUGCAAACUCGGAGCACAAGACCUGGACAAUGCGCAUCAGGGAUAUCAAGGAGACGGAUAAGGGCUGGUACAUGUGCCAAAUAAAUACGGAUCCGAUGAAAAGCCAAAUGGGCUACCUAGACGUUGUGGUACCGCCGGAUAUCCUAGAUUAUCCCACAAGCACGGACAUGGUCGUACGCGAGGGCAGUAACGUGACGCUCAAAUGCGCUGCUACCGGUUCACCAGAGCCGACAAUUACAUGGCGACGCGAAAGUGGAGUGGCCAUCGAGUUGGCCAACGGCGAGCAGGUGCCCAGCAUUGAAGGUACCGAUCUGAUUAUACCCCGUGUCAAACGUCAGCAUAUGGGAGCCUAUUUGUGCAUAGCUUCAAAUGGAGUCCCACCCUCAGUGAGCAAGAGAAUAACACUUGUGGUCCACUUUCCGCCAAUGAUCACGGUGCAGAAUCAACUAAUUGGCGCUGUGGAAGGCAAAGGUGUUACUCUAGAAUGCCAGUCGGAGGCAUAUCCAAAAUCAAUUAACUAUUGGACACGUGAACGUGGAGAAAUCGUGCCACCUGGCGGAAAAUACUCAGCGAAUGUCACAGAAAUCGCUGGAUAUCGUAGUUCAAUGAAGUUGCACAUCAAUCCUUUGUCACAGGCUGAAUUCGGCGCCUAUCGUUGUGUGGCCAAGAACUCACUGGGCGAUACAGAUGGAACCAUUAAGCUUUACAGAAUACCACCCAAUGCCGUCAACUAUGUGGAGAACUUUGAGGCGCGUCACAAAGGCAAAAAGCGAACGAAAAGCUCCGAUAUGUAUCAUUCGUCCAGGGCGCAGGAGCACAGCGGCGAGGACACUGAGAAUCCCGGGAAGCGAAAAGCCGAUUUGAGUCUUAGUGCGGAGGGUAUUGACAGCAUAUAUGGAACAUCUGCAGCUGUGUCCCGGCAUUCCAGAAAUCCUGGCCAGAGUCUGAGCUGUCUGUGCCCGCUACUGUUGCUAUUGCUGCUGAUGAGGACGACGAUGACGAGAAAAUUGUCGAAACUACUGCGAAAAACUCAACUGGCAUUGUUGCCACAAGCACUGACACAUGUUUGACACAGACGUCAAGCGCUAACAGAGAUUAAGCAGAUCCAGACCCGCUUACCGCAGCCGGAGCAGGAGCGGAAGAUGGAGUCGGAGAUAGCAGUGCGAUGAUGGCGUUUGGCUUGAUUGAGUUUGCUAAUGCCAAAACGUGAAGAGCUAGUGCUGAUUUAUGGCACGUGGCUUAGUUAAAGUUCAACGAUGCAACAUACACAUAUAUCAUAAAAAAGUACGAUGGAGUAGCUAAUAAAUAAUAAGUCAACCAGGCUUCCUAAUCCCUACGCGUGCAUGUUCAAACUGUUGAAUUCUAGCAUAAGUUUAUCUUAAUUUCAGCAAUUUGUAAUAUAUUAAGCAAUAUAUAUAAAUUGAUAAUGAUGCAAAUUACAAGUGUAUCUCUCAUAUGAACUUCUAUGGCACAUGUACAUAAGCGUACAGCAAACGGUUUUUUCAUAUUCAUAAGUGAUUAGAGAGGGCAAUGUACAUUUCUAUAAACCAAGUGGACAUAAUUAAAGAGACUGUAUGUGUGCAAAGUAACAUUUAAUUGCAGCUAAAUUGAAUGCUAAAUUUAGCUUAAGGACGGUGUUAAACAAAUGUUCUUUUCACUGGAAACGUUUGGAGCGAACAGAGAUUGAUGGCAUAUAUAUCUAUAAAUAAUAAAGCAUGCCGAAACCAAAAAAAAAACUAUCAAAAAUAGGAAAAAAAUUUAAAUAAUAACAUUUGAUCUGUGCGACAUGCUCAGCAGCUGGCUGUGUGAAAAUGCAAAAAAAAAACACACUUGAA